GCGUAUUCCACCUUGCUCGUGUUUCGCAGUCGGAGAUAUGGCGGACGGAGCCCGACAUCCACCACUACAACAUGCUUGGCGUUCGCUGCGUACUUAGUGCGCGACGGCGCCGCCAUCAGCAGAUGAUUCGAAACGUUAUGGCCAGUACGUGCGGGAAUUCUCAGAGAAGGAUCGGAGUAUCUUCUCCAUGGCUUCACCAGAAUCUUCUCUCCGCGAUGGCAUGCUGUCAGGUCUGCUUCUGAUUGAUAAUCAUGAUGGCACUGCUCGUGGAGUUAGAGGUGGAGGAGGUGGAGGUGGAGGUGGUGGAGGGCGCGUCUAUUGCAAUCCUCCCGUAUCUCCCAUAAGUAGAUCAGCACCAAAUAUGUCCAGUCCCAUUCUGGGUCUAUCUCUGAAGAUCCCGAGAAGUGGACCCAGUUCUGCCUGGAACUAUGGGGCCAGUGGAGGUCAAGAAAACCUGAUGACGUCAGCACGCAGGGUCGCUGCCACGUCAGCAUCUAUGGUGUCCUCUUCCAGAAUGAGCCCCCCCCCCCACGAUGGUGGUCCCGUUUCUCAGCCACGUCUGCAUCCAAGUUGGGCUGAUUCUGCAAUCGGACACCAGGCAGAUGCUGCCACGUCAGCAUUCAUGUUAUCCUCUGCCGGAGCCACGUCAGCGACCAAGUUGUCCUCUGCCAGAAUGAGCCCCUCACGCGAGGCAGGCGGUCCCGUUUCUCAGCCGCGUCAGCAUCCAAGUUGGGCAGAUUCUGCACUUCGCCAGUCAUAUGCCGCCACGUCAGCAUCCUUGUCCUUUUCUGCUAGACUGGCGGGUUCCUCCCACGAGGGUGCUCCUACUGCUCCUCAGCCACGUCAGCAUCCAUCAUGGGCUGAUUCUCAACAAUCAAGGGUAUGUCCAGCAGUGUCCCCAAGGGAGAGCUCGGCCCUAGCCUCCCUUCUCCUCUCCUCGGGCUAUAGUACGUCUUUACCUGGCCAGCUAAGGUCUGCUGCUGCUCCUCCUUUAGGCGGUGCUGACAGCAGCGGUCAUCUGACGUGUAUUGGCUUUUCACCAAGAUCGGUGGAUGGCGCCAAUGCUGCUGCUGGUACGUCGAUAGAGGACGAAAGAGAUCAGUCAUAUCUGCACGCGCUGACGUCAGCAGCAAAACACGUGGCGACAGCUCCUGUAAGACACGUGGCACCAGCUCCAACGGCGACUCGUCCUCGUGCCUUGUCGGUAUCUGCUGCUGCUUCCAGGCACACGGCUACAGCUCCCUCCGCAAGACACGUGGCAAGCGCAGGCGCCUCAUCGACGCAGUUUGAGCCUUGGCAGGUGAGUAACUGUAGUAGAGCAGCGGUUAACGAUGUCUGUGAUUCUGCCACGUGGCGAUUCCUGGAUGGCCCCACUCUAACAGAGGAUGACAACACACAGACAGCUGUAGAGAAUCUGCAAGUUGCAGAACGAAGGGAUCGGGACCUGUCUCGAUCGCGUCAGAACUUUCUCGCAAGGUUGGCAGUCGAGCAGGAUGAUCGUGGACUAAGUCUUUUGACCGAUCAAAGACAAGCAGAUCUUUCCCCGAAGUUUCACAGUCCUCAUCCUGUCGAGAUAGCUUUGCCAUUGACACGUGGCGAGUGUGUGUUGCGGUUGCGCAGACGAACUUUCGCGGAAGACUCAUCGCAGGAGAGCACACAGAAUCCAGCCGCUGCCGUUGCCGCCGCCGCCGCCGCCGCCGCCGCUGCUGCUGCUGCUGCUGCUUAUGUCCCGACAAUAUGGAGCGAAGGACAAUUGUGGCCACCACGAAGAGGAGGGGAAUCUCUGUCAUGGUGUCACCAUCGAGAACCGCAGCAGGGAGGAGGCACGCGCAGGGGCAGUAAUGAACCUGGUCGUACUUGUGAUCAAUCUGUUGGCGGGAAUCGAACCGCAUAUAGCGAUGGCGGCGGGAAGAUAUUUAAAGAGAUGAAGGAAGAGAUUAUGUCUCUUGUUGAUGACUCCCAGCUGGCAUAUAGCGAUGGCGGGAAAAUAUUUAAGGAGAUAAAGAAAGAGAUAAGGUGUCGGACUACAUCAGGAUCACUUUUUUCUAGUGUUACUCUAGAAAAGAGGAGAAAUGGUGAUGAGCCGAUGAAACCAGCUUCAGAGGGAUCGGUUCACCAUGAGACUCCGCCAUCGCCGUUAUCUUCCUUGAAUCGAAGUACUACUCGGUUCGUGUGGUCUGCGCAGCCGUCUUCAUCACCACGACCAUCUUCAUUUUCCAAUUUAGCAGUUCCACUCUCAUCGGCUUUGUCAUCCUCCUCCUUUCCAGUGACAACCUUAUCAUCACUGUCAUCCUUAUCUUCAUCAUCUUCGUCCUUGUCAUCCUCCUCCUCCUCCUCCUUCUCGUCAUCAUCAUCAUCAUCAUCGUUGUCUGUGGUAUCUUCGUCAUGUUCUCAAUUGGCAACAUUGAGCCAUGUGGGAGCAGUAUUAGGAUCUCUAUCAUCGCCAAACUUGUCCUCACAAUUUAUGGCAUAUGUCUCUCCUCCUCCAUGCUCAUCUUCUCCGUAUGUGUUCAGCUUUGGGGCCAGGUUUGGGUUCAGCUCCUUCGGGUCCAGGAUUGGGUUCAGCUCCUUCGGGUACAGGAUUGGGUUCAGCGUUGGGUCCAGGGUUGGAUUCAGGUUUGGUUUCAGGUUUGGGUUCAGCGUCGGGUCCAGGGUUGGGUUCAGCUUUGGGCGCAGGUUCGGGAUCAGGUCUAGGUUCAGCUUUGGGUUCAGAGUCAGCCUUUGCAUCCUCCUGUUCUUCGAUGUCUUCUCUGAUAUUCUGUUCCUUGAAAUCUGCAUCCCAGCUUGUGUCUCCCAUGGGGGAAGAGACAGACCCCUCGUCAUGGUUCAGAAGAGGAGUCGCAUUAUCAGGAUCGCUGUCACUGCCAGAGCUGCCAUUGACAUCCCGACUGCUGUCAUCAGCGUUUUCCUCUUCUAUGCGUCUCCCUUCUUCCUCUCCAUCUCCAUCUCCUUCUCCUUCUCCAUCUUCUGCCCCUUCUAUUCAGCUUCAGCUUCAGCGCACACUUCUGUUUUAUCAUCAGCUUCAUCGAAGCGAUUAAGGAGAGAAAGAUCUUCGGCCGUUAGAUUGACAGGAGGAGGCGACCUACCUUCACAAACCUCGCUGACUGUGUCAUCUGAGCUGGCAUCUGGAGGAUCUGCCACGUCAUUCUCUGCGUCGUCCUCAUCCUCCCAGAUGAUGUGCAUGGCGGAGUCAGCUUCCAGUGCCUUGCAGGGAGAAAGUGACAAUCCCAAUCCCGAUCCCAAUCUUCUCCCUUCUGAGAGAGAAGCUUUGGCCAACCCAACGUUCCCUUUCCAGGGAGGUCAAUCCCCAUGUCCGGUACGGUCGAGGGUUACUGACUCUAGUACCAGUAGAUUAAACCUGUUUAACCUACUCAUAGGAUCAUCUUUGAGAGAGAGAGGGGGGUUCUCAGAUGUUCGAGACCCAAGUCUACAACAGAUUAACCGUGAAAGAUCGGCUUCCGAAUUAUCCUCCUCGUCGUCCUCCUCCUCGUUAUCAUCAUCAUCAUCAGCACCCUUAUCAUCAUCAUCAUCAUCAUCAUCAUCAUCAUCAUCAUCAUCAUCAUCAUCAGCAGCAGCAGCAGCACCCUUAUCAUCAUCAUCAUCGUCAUCAUCAUCAUCAUCAUCAUCAUCAGCAGCAGCAGCAGCAGCAGCAGCACUCUUAUCAUCAUCAUCAGCAGCAGCAGCAGCAGCACCCUUGUCAUCAUCAUCAUUAUCAUCAUCGUCGUCGUCAUCAUCAUCAUCUGUAUCUUUGUGUAGCAAUGAACAUCACAUUGAUUUGAACCAAUGGGCGGGCGGGAACCAGCUGCUUACAGAUGGUACAUAUUCUAUACCAGAUGGUGCACAGUGUAUACCAUGGUUUGAGAAACCUGACCAUCCCUCGGGGAUGGUAAUCGAUCCGAAGCCUGUCCAGAAUCGGAUGGCUGUAAGACACCGUGCAGGUGCUGAUUUCAGUGUAUUAUCAUAUCGAACAAUUUACGAAAGCCCAUCCAGUAGUACUGCUGGUAGCCGCAUUCCGUCGGCUCGCCAGUCCUGUGCAGAAGGCAGGACGGGGAUGGAAGGUCUUAACCAUGUUCAAUCUGAACCCGGGUUGCCCUCCUUCCAACCUGUCUCGUGUCUCACCGCGCCUGCUGAAGUCAUCUCACCACCAGCGCACCUUAUGUCAACACACAUAGAUUGUGACGUAGAUGUCAGAAGACCACUUUCAGCACCAUCUUUGUGCAAAAUCCCAUCUUGUUUCAAGUCAACGGGAGAGGAAGUUUGCCAACUGCAGUCCCAACGUGCAUUCUGGUCCGCAGAACCCAUCUCAUCUGGUUCCUUGCUUGUUCCAGGGGUGGUGCCAGCUGUUCCAGAAGUGGUGCCGUCGGUCCCAGGAGUGGUUCCAUUACCUGUCCUAGGAAUGGUGCCACCUGUCCCUGGAGCGGUGCCACGUGUCUCAGGUGUGGUGCCGCCUGUUCUCAGUAGCACACAAGACCCAACCCCUGUUCUCGAUCUCAUCAGAUGCUUUUCCUCCUCCCUACCUCUCUCCUCCUCCUCGUUCCCUCUCUCCUCCUCCUCCUCCUCCUCCGUCCCUAUCCACUCCUCCUGCUUUCCUCUCUACUCCUCCGCCUCCCCCCCUCUCUCCGCAUCCUUCCCUCUCUCCUCUGUCGCCUUCCCUCUCUCCUCUGUCUCCUUCCCUUCCUCUUCGUCCUCUCCCUCAAGCGUUCCGCAAACGAUUGCUCCUGUCUUCAUUAGCACGCUAGAGCCAACUCCUGCUCCCAAUCUUAUUAGCUUCUUCUACCCAGGCUCCUCGUCCUGCUCCUCCUCCUCCUGUUCCUCUUCCUCCUCCCAUCCUUCCUGCUCCUCUGCGUCGCAUCUCUCCUCCUUCUCCUCCUCCUCAUUUUGCUACCCGUCCUUAUUCACCUCGUUAUCCUUCUCGUCGAGCUACUGUUUCGCCUCCUCCUCCUCCGCCGCCUCCUCCUCCUCCUUCUCUAACUCCACCACUUCCUCUGUGUGGUCCUCAUCGCCAGCAUCCUCCUCCUGUUUGCCAGCAGCAUUCUUAUCAUCAUCCUUCCUAUCACCUCCUUGUUUGUACAAUCCUCAAUCGAACGAUCGCUCUGUUCUUCUGUCUGAAGCUGAAGCUGGUUGGGAAUCCAGGGCAGCGACGGCGUCCGCCAAGCCAGCGCCGACCACAUCAACAGCCAAUCACAGCAGUGUUCCACUGUCAAUCACAUCAACAACCUGUCACAACAGUGUUCCACUGCUGAUCACAUCAACGACCGCCUCCUCCUCCUCCUCCUCCUCCUCCUCCUCCUUCUCUAACUCCACCACUUCCUCUGUGUGGUCCUCAUCGUCAGCAUCCUCCUCCUGUUUGCCAGCAGCAUUCUUAUCAUCAUCCUUCCUAUCAUCUACUUGUUUGUACAAUCCUCAAUCGAACGAUCGUUCUGUGCUUCUGUCUGAAGCUGAAGCUGGUUGGGAAUCCAGGGCAUCGACAGCUUCAGUCAAGGCAGCGCCGACCACAUCAACGACCAAUCACAGCAGUGUUCCACUGCCGAUGACAUCAACAACCAAUCAUAACAGUGUGCCACUGCCGUUCACAUCACCAACCGGUCCCGAAAGUGUGCCACUGCCGAUCACAUCGAUAACCUGUCACAACACUGUGCCACUGCCGAUCACAUCGACAACCUGUCACAACAGAGUGCUACUGCCGAUCACAUCAACAACCAGUCACAACAGUCCUUGCGACACACAGUUUUUGCAGACCUUAAGCACAACGACGCCAGCUGUCGUCAGCAAAGUGGCGUUCAUUGAGUUGGCAGUCGCCGCCUCGGCAAUUGAUCAGCAUAGCCUGCCGAGUGCGUACGACCUGCAGUUUUCACAAAACGCCACGUCAUCAUCAUCAGCCCCCUUUUGUGACACUUCGCAACCUGAAAGCGGUAAUAAUUAUUGUUAUUAUUAUGCUGUAAACAGUGUACAGCCAGGAAAUCAGUGUGUUAAGGGCACCACCAUUCGCAGCAGUGAUGCAGAAAGUAAGUCAAACACGAUUCCCCCGCCGGAAGCUGGAGGCAGAUUUGAGUUGGGUGGCCGGUUCAAGGUGCCACUGAUGGCGCCGGGGGCGACGGGCACUGCAUGCAGUGCAGUGGCAGCGGUCGUUCCCGGAAUGGACGAUUGCGAUGAGGAGGGCAAUGGCAUUGUUGUGGAUUUGAAUGUUCAUGAUAAUGUGAAGUCGGAGAUGGAUAAAACUGUGGGUGAGGUGGGAUUGACGACAGAGUUGAAUGCAGGAAACAGUGCCAAGGCCGAUUACGACUCGCAGAGCGCGAACACCACUUACAGUUUGAGACCGUUUGAUGAAUCUUACAAACUCUUUGAUCGGAUGUUGCAGAUACAGAGAAGACUGGACAGAAUCUCCACAAGCUCAGCUCGGGCAGAGAAGGCCGACGUGGGAAGGAUGGACGAGUGGCGCUCGCCAGGUGCGCGCAGGGUAGGUGACUUCUCAUCAGCGAAUGACUCUCCUCACUGGACCAGGUCAGAUUCCGAUGUGAACCUGGAUCAAAGAAAGGACCAGGAGGAGGACCUCAACAUUGACAACCACAUUGAUCGCACAGCUUCCUCUUCCUCUUGCUCAUUGCUGUGGACCGCUGAUUACGAAGACAUGGCUUGUUAUGGAACUCAGGUUGGACCAAGCCAGAGGGAGGACUGUUCAUUUUGGCAGGGGCGACAAGAUGGCGCGAUGAUGUCUCCUGUUGUUGAGGAUGAUGUGCCUUCAACAUCUGGCAAUGCUGGAAAACGUCAUCAUCUCCAUGAGCAUGAGCAGCACAAGAGCCCCAGAGGGCAUUAUCAUAAUCGUCAUCAGCAGCCGCCGCCGCAGCAGCAGCAACAACACAUGUUCCGCCAGGUCACUGCGUCGCGCAUCAGCAGGCAUUCCCCUGAAAGUGAGACAGGAAGGGACCAAAGUGCAGCCGGGGCUCAUCCACAAGUAUUAGAAAGGACAUUUUCGGAUCCACAGGCUGGAAGGACUGUUGCGGCAGGGAGGGGUUCCUCCUUGGAUGUUCAUGGGUCAGCACGGUUAAGGUCGAUUCCCAAGUCGAAAAGCACAUCAAGCAGUCGGUUGACUGGGUUGAUGGAGAAAUGUUCUAACAUAGUUGCACUGAAAUUGUCGCCCCAAGACUGUGAAGAAAGAGGGGCGCGCUCUCCGGGACUUGGUGAGGGGGCGGCAAAGAAAGGAGACACCAGUGGGUUCGAGGGCAGCAGCCAUUACACAGAGAGAGCAAGGACUGGAUGGGACCAUGGUGCGGGGGCCAGUUUGCAGAGGAUGUCAUCAAUGGGCAAGGGCAGGCAAGAUGCCACUGGGACACAAGAUCGGGCCCGGACAAGGGGAGACCGGGGUGCUGAGGAGUUUGGUAACAGCCGAGAGAGGAGAGAAAGGGGGGAGGAGAGGGAGGAGGCGGAGGAAGUGGCGGAAGCGGAGGACCGGUUGGAGUUUAGUUUCCACCGCAGGCAAGCGACUGCAAAUGCGCCGAAUGUGUUUGGAGGCCACGAACAUCGAAGCCCUAGCCAAAGGGUAGACGGGGACACCCGCGGGAGACUCGUUAGAACAACAAUGGCAGGGAGCAAGUGGGGUGUGGAAGUUGCCACAGCUGGAGCGAGUAGCGCAUCAGGAGCAAGACAAAGUCCAGCGUCUCGAGCCUCAGCUUAUGGAAGCAACUGGUGCCGUCCAGUAAGCGUCAAGAGUGGGGCACCUGAAGCCCCUCUCUCCCCAAAAGGCUCACGACAGAGCGCUGUUCCUGCUCGCAUCUUGGAUGGGUUGACGAUGUCCGACAAUCCCACCACCGCAGAGUUGCGUGCGGUGGUACCAAGCGGUGCUAGGGGGCUCAAUCCGACUCCUUCCAGCGCGGUGCCAGAGUCCCACUGUACAGUGCGAGGAGUGCUUGAUGCGGACCCAAGGGAAGGGGACCCCGUGCAGUGCGAUCUGAUGACCCAGAAAGGGAAGCUUGAGGAUGAGGCUCACAAGAAAGGGGAAUCUUCGGGGGCAGCUUCAAUAUCAAAUUCAACGGGCGGUUCAAUCAAGCCAUGUGGAGGGAGUGAUGGAGAGCGCCAAGUCAGCAAUCACGAAAAGAGACGGGGGGAAUUAGUAUUGUUACCGUCCUCUUCGGCACCACCCUGUGAACGGGGAUUGGCAUCGACGGCUGCUGCCGAGGUAGGCGGCAGCCAUUCAGGUGUAACCCCUGUUCGACAGGGAGAAGCAGGUGGUAGCAUUCAAGGUGCUGAAUGCAAAGGGGGGAGUGAAGGAGAUUCCUCCCUUUCACAAAUUUUGUCUGGAAAGGGGGGGGGUGCCAGUGCGGAAAGGGGGCAGAGCCCUGUACGGCUUACAGUGAAAGGCUGCAGCUCCAAUUUGGUCGUGUUGCAGGAGGAGGAUAAAGAUGCCAAGAAGGAAGCCGAAGUUGUGUUGGAAAUUCAAAGGCAUAAGCAACUAAAUGAAAAUGCAGAAGCUCAAAUCAAAAGAGAAACAGAGCUGAGAAUCAGGGCAGAAGAGAGAUCUAAAGGACUUGAGGCGACUGUUGUGGCCUUGGCUGAUGCACUGAGAGUCCGAAAUCAAGGACCUGUAGAUCGUCUUGCUGAUGAUGACCCUCCAUCCAUGCCUGCUGACAAGGGCAAAGGUAAGAUGGCUAUUGAUGGCAUUUGGGAGGCGGUGACCGAGUCGAGCAAGCCGGCAGAUGGCAUCCCGUUGCCUUUAAAGCACAUCAUUGACAUUAAGGAAGGGGAAGGAAAUGGUGAUGAGGUGAGGGAGAUCAGGGAGGUCCAUACAGAUGGCAGGCUGCAGGUGGACAAUCGGGGAGAGGAGGAUGGAUCUCGAACGGCGUCCCUUGCUGCUGAGCCAUCUCUUUCCCGGGAGAAGCGUAGAGGUAGGAGGGCAGCCAGACAGAGACGCCUUUGGCGACGGCACAAGCCUUUGACGCCUCAAAUGUUUCGCAGCGGUAUCCUGCGACUCAAGGAAGUUGAGGAAGAGAACCGCCAUUGGAGGAAGAUUGCCUCAAGCCUGGAGGCUCGCUCCAGAAGUUCCAAGGAUGCUGCUUGUAAGGCUGAUGAUGACAUGUCGAAGGCGGGUGCUGAGAGGUGGGUGGCGACAAAUUCUGAGCUGGACUUCGUCAGUGCCAGAGGAGACGAAAGGAUAACUCAAAUGGAAGGAAGCAGCUCCUCUAUGCGGAGUGAAAUCAGCAAGCCCCAAUAUUUGGCAGAAAGCAGCGGCAGACCUGCGGUAGGGAGCAACCAGAAUCAACGAGCUGGAAAACAGAGUGCCACUGCAGUGACCUCCCUUAGAACUGAGGAGGGAGAUGUGGGAGGCGACUUUGUGUUUGAUCUUGGCUGCAUUGCAACCAGGCGACGUAAAGAGCAUGCAGAUAACGGUGGGAGGAUGCAUCGUAGUAGCGGUAAGGAGGAGCUUGACGUUGCUGGGCAGGAGAGAAGGCAGAAGACCCUCAUACAGAGGACAACAGGAGAAGGGACGCUUGACGGAUAUCGGUCCGCCCCUGUCGGUGAGAUGGGGGCAUUCAUCAGUGAAAAGAUGCAGAGCAUCGUGAGAGAGAAAGAGCAUCUAGAGCAAGAAAUGGUAAGGCAGGAGAAGGAGUAUGUAGCAAAGGUAGAAGCUUUACAGGAGACAAUAAGGGGGAUGGAGGAAAAGAUGAAGGGGGAGAUCGGCAUGUUGAGAGAGAGAGUUUGGGAGCUUGAAAAGGAGAAGAAUGAGCUGCAGUCUGAGGCAAAGGAUGUGGCGAAGACAGAGCAAAUAGACAAAGUGAUGUUUCAGGCUGUGGAGAAUUCAACAACUGAGGUAUAUCAGCAACAGACGAUGGGGAAAGGGGAGGAUAACUUCAGGAGGUCGAACGACAAGGUUCUCGGUCUGGAAAGGGAGGUUGAGCUCUCAAGGAGCGAUACGCUACAGGAGAGAGAUGCAGCGGAUGCAGUGAAGAACGUGUUGAAGGAGAUGGACGAGGAGAGGAAAAAGCUGUUGCUGGUCAUGAAUGAAAGCGACGCAAGAACAAGUGGACUACAACUGGAGCUAGAGAAGUCGAGGAUGAGACUGAUCGAGCUAGAACGACAAAAGGAUAGGCUGCUCGUUUCUGGAAAGCAAUCUGAGGGAUAUGGGGCCAAGAGAGAGGUGGGGGAAAGUUCAACCAGUGUAAAUGAGGAAGCUCCAAAAGCGAGUCUAGAUGCCGAAGUUGAGAGGGAGCACUUGGAGAAGGCAGCAAAUCAACACUCCAAGGAAUUGAAGCAAUGGGAGGAAAGACAAAGGAAAUGGCAGCUUGAACGAGGAGCACUGGUAGAGGAAGCACGGCGUUUGCAACAGGAGGUGGAGAGGAGGGAAGGGCAGGUCAGACAUGCAGAGGAAAAUAAGGCAGCACUCGAAUGGGAAGUCGAAACCCUUGUCGGGAACAGCUGGGACCAAGCAAAAUGGGCUGAAGAAAAGAUACAACAGAUUCUAAGUGACAGAGGCAAGGUGGAGAAGGACUUUGCGAACAUUUCGGAAGAGUACCGUGAGUUGCUGAAAGAGAUGCGGAACCUGGACAGGCUAGUGAGAGAGCAUCUGAAGGUCAAAAUCACUUCCAGCAUAAGUGGCAGUUUGGAGAAGGAGGGUACGGCGGCAGCAAGGGCAGUGCCCGGGGUUGCAGCUGCAGAGGAGGCGCUCGAGAUGCAAUCGGGCGGAAACGUCAAGGUCCUGCUCGAGGAGAACGAAAAGCUGAAGCAGGAGGUUGAUGAUCUGCGGCAGGAGCUUAGGUCGGAAAGGGGACGGUUGAGAGAAUCACAGGAAAGAGUGAGGGGAAUGACAAAGGUGGAUGGCCCCCGGCAGGACAAGGCACCAGCAGACGUAGAACAAGAAAGAAAGCCCUGGGAAAAGGAGAUCGAAGAACGGAACGUUGAAGUCCAUCGUCUGAAGACAAAGCUUGCAGAGCUCGAACAGUUGUGCCGUGAUCGGGAGGGAGCGGUUGAGAAGAGCUGCGAUGUGCCUGCAUGUUCGAACAGUGUCAUCAUCCCCAGAGAAAAGGGAGAGAGGGAAGUAAAGGAGGACAGAGGUCCAGAAAGUGCGCUGAGGGUGGUGUCGGAGACGAAAGAGGAGAAGAUCAAGAAGUUUGAGCCUCUGGGUCUGAAGGCAAAGUCUGAUAUGGAUCUGAUACUGAAAGAGAACGAAGCGCUGAAGGACCGUCUAGGUGCGUCCCUGGACAUGACAGAAAAGUUGAAGGUGACUUUAUCCCAAACUCAGGAGGAGUUGGACAGAGCCACAGAGGAGAGAAAGCAGAUCAAAGAGACGUUAAUAAAUGCCUUGGCGGAUGCUGAGAGGCUGAAGACAGAGCUGCGGACAGUGGAGAUGCGGCUAGUCGACGAGCAGAGUACAAGCUCCAGCUUGAGGGAGAGAGUGAAGAGGGAGGGGGAAGAAAUCGGGAGGUUGAUAGGUGAGCGCGGCGAAGAAUCCGCGCAGCACCUUUCCUCGAUACGAAGCUUUAAUAACAGGAUUCGUGAAGAGAGAGAUAACUUUGAGAAAGAGCUUCGGGAAGCGGAGAAGAAGUGGAAAUUGGAGAAUGCCAAGUGGGAGGACGAGCUGCGGGAGUCGAAAGCUGAGGUAGAUAGACUGAGAGGGACCAUCUCUUCGCUCACGAGAGAAGUAGGGAAGCUGCAGGGAACGAUUGUGUUGUUGAAGAAGCAGAGGCAGGAAGAAGAAAGAGGGGUUGCAGAAUUACAGAGACGGAUUGAGGAGGCGGAGAUGAAACAAGCAAUGAUCGAGAGAGAGAAGAAAGAAACAGAGUGGCAGCUGAGGGAACGAGAAAAGGAUAUCGAAAAACAGAAGGAAAAGAUUACCGAGCUCAUACUCGUCAAUCAGGACCUGAUAUCCUUUGCAAGAGAGAAAGAGAAGGAGGUGUCGAAUCUCAAGAAGAACGUGAUUGCUCUCGAGCAAUCUAUCAAUGAACUGAACACCGAGAAGAGCCGUUUGCUUACGGAGAUCGACGGUGCACACCAACAGGCAAGGCAAAGAUUGGAAGAAGACCGCAUGAAUGUUGCAGAGAGCCAGUUGCUGGCGGAGAAGAUGGCUUCCCUCGAGAUGCGGAUGAGAGCCAAGGACGGGGACAUCCAACGGCUGCAGAUUGAGCUUAUCAACAUGUCACAGGCAAAGGAUGUGAUUUCGAGGGAGGCCACACAGCUCAAGGCGAUGGUUGCGCAGACACAAUUCCGAGACGCGGAGGCAAGUCAAGCCUUUGCGCGCAAAGAGGCUCGCCUCCGCGAGAUCCAGGAGAAGGUAGUCGCCCUGACGUCGGAGCUUUCACGUGUUAGAGCCGAUGUUGCCAAGCUGAGGGCAGAAAAGGAGGCAGUAGAGGGAGAGCUUGAGGAGAGGAAGAAGGAAUUGGAGCAAGCGAAAGAUGUCAUUGACGAGCUUCGACGUCAAACUCAGCAGCUCGAGGAGGAGUUGAUCGAGAAAGACGGUGAGAUCACGAUACUUCGUGGAUCCCCUGGAGGUGAAAGCUCGGACUGACUGUGUGGUCAUCAUGCACGUCUACAUUCACUCACCCUGCAAACAUGCACGGUGGUCGACCAGCCUCACUAAUCUCUCUGACGGUAAUAAAAUCUGUCUGAUCGU